AUGGGGGACGACUACCCGUCUCCGUUCCGCUCGGAGCAGAUGAGCCUAGUGCAGUUAAUUAUACCGACAGAAGUAGCCCAUGACACCAUCGCAGAACUUGGCGAGCUCGGGGAUGUUCAGUUCAAGGAUUUGAACCCGGAUGUCAACCCCUUCCAACGCUCGUUUGUCGGGGAGAUCCGGCGUGUCGACGAGAUGGCUCGUCGAGUACGAUUCUUCAGCACUCAAAUUGAGAAGGAGAAGGACCAAAUUCCUAUCCGUCCACUGUACGAUUCGGCGCCCCUGCUCACGGUCGGGCCCCGCGCAGCACAGACGAUGGACGAGUUGGACCUCAAAUUGAAGGAGCAUGAGGGACGUUUGAUACAGAUGAAUGACAGCUACCAGCUGCUGUGUGAGCGUACCAGGGAACUCGAGGAGGCGCGUCAUGUACUACGGGAGACGGCUGUGUUCUUCGAGCGGGCAACAGGCUACCAAUCAGAAGUCCGUUCAUCCAUGGAUGACAGCUCUGCUCCGUUGCUGCAACACGAUGAUCGGGAGUCUCAGUAUUUCAGCAGCAGCGUGCAAUUUGACCUCGAAUUUGUUGCCGGUACUAUUGAACGGUCUCGCUUACCGACGUUCGAGCGUGUCCUAUGGCGUGUUCUUCGUGGAAACCUCUAUAUGAACCAUACCGACAUCGCGGAACCGUUUGUCGACCCAGCGACUGGCGAGGAGACGCGCAAGAACGUGUUCAUUAUCUUUGCUCACGGAGACACGCUACUCGCCAAGAUCCGCAAGGUCGCAGAAUCCAUGGGCGCGACCCUGUAUCCGAUUGACGCCAACGCGGACAAGCGCUCCGACUCUAUGCGCGAAGUCACAGCGCGCCUGGAGGAUUUGCAGGUGGUACUAUUCAAUACGGGUGCGAACCGCAGAGCCGAAUUGGUUAAGAUUGGUGAAAAUCUAGCAAGCUGGGUCGACGUUGUCCGCAAAGAAAAGCUGAUAUACGAGACGCUCAACCUCUUGAACUACGAUGUACGCAGGAAGACGCUUUUCGCCGAGGGCUGGUGUCCUACGAGAGAUAUGCCCAUGAUCCAGGACGCCCUCAAGCAUGCUACUGAGGAGUCGGGCACCAAUGUUCCUCCGAUCUUACAUGAACUAAGGACGAAUAAGACACCUCCCACUUUCAUCCGCACCAACAAGUUUACAGAAGGUUUCCAGACCAUCAUGGACGCAUAUGGUAUUGCGACUUACCAGGAGGUGAACCCGGGCCUCUUUGCCACCAUAACUUUCCCAUUCCUCUUUGCCGUCAUGUUUGGAGACAUCGGUCAUGGAUUUAUUACAUUCAGCGCUGCGUUAUUGAUGAUUCUAGGCGAGCGGCGUCUUGCCAAGGCAGAUCUGGGCGAGAUUUUCGGCACAUUCUUCUUCGGGCGCUAUAUCAUUCUACUCAUGGGUCUAUUCUCGAUGUAUACUGGAUUCCUAUACAACGAUAUCUUCUCGAAGUCGUUGCAUGUAUUCCCCUCCGGGUGGUCGUGGCCCGUGAACCACGGCAACGACUCAGUCCCUGCCAAUCCCACAGGCUGGACGUAUCCCAUCGGUAUUGACCCUGGCUGGCACGGCGCCGACAAUGCCCUUUUGUUCACCAACUCGUAUAAGAUGAAGAUGUCUAUUGUGCUCGGUGUUAUCCACAUGACGUUCGCUAUCUGCCUACAAGUUCCCAACCACAUACUCUUCAACCGUCGGUCGGAGAUUUGGACGAACUUUGUUCCUCAGAUGCUGUUCUUGCAGUCAAUCUUCGGCUACCUCGUGAUCUGCAUCAUUUACAAAUGGACAGUCAACUGGGAAACAUCUUCUACAGGGCCUCCGUCCCUACUCACCAUGUUGAUCGGGAUGUUCUUGUCUCCCGGAACUGUGGACCCUGAUACUGAAUUGUACCGAGGACAAAGCUCCGUACAAGUGAUCCUCCUUCUCAUCGCAUUCGUCUGCGUUCCUUGGCUGCUCAUCGCGAAGCCCUACUUGGAAUGGAAGGAGAUGAAGAAGAUUCAAGGUCAGGGUUAUAUCGGAUUAGGAACAGAAGAGGUCCCCCGCCAUACAUCCGAUUCGGAGCUCGAAGGCGAAGAAGAGGGUAACGGUGGGACCAUCGCAGAAUCGAUGGACGACGAUUCCGAGCACCAUGAUUUCGGCGAGGUUGUGAUCCAUCAGGUCAUUCACACCAUUGAGUUCUGUCUAGGUUGCAUCUCGCACACCGCCUCCUAUCUCCGUCUAUGGGCACUGUCGCUCGCCCAUGCCCAGCUGUCCGAAGUUCUGUGGAGCAUGACUUUGGAAGGUGUCUUGGGCAUGUCUGGUAUCUUUGGAUUUGUUGCGAUAGCGCUCAUGGGCGUGAUGUGGUUCACCUUGACCGUGUGCAUCCUAUGUGUUAUGGAGGGUCUGUCUGCUUUCUUACACGCAUUGCGUCUACAUUGGGUCGAGGCGAAUAGUAAGCAUUACCAGGCAGGAGGAUAUCAAUUCACUCCGCUCAGCUUCGCCAAAUUGAACGAAGAGUAAGCAGAAGGCAGGACGCGGACGUAGAUUUACUCUUCCCCUGUAGCUUCGGUAUCGGCCGCCAAUAAAGCGCUAUCUGUACCUG